AUCGGAUUCUCGUUGCUUUUUUGCCCUGAAGAAGCCUCCUAGGAUUGUCCGCUUCAUGGUUGCCAUAGCUCGAGACUGCAGUUGUCAUUGAUCCGCUGCCAGCCACUCAUAGUACAGGAAUAAAUUUGCCAAGAUGAUGUGCGAGGUGAUGCCCACCAUCAGCGAGGACACGGCGCUGAGUCAGCGCGGCUCUCAGAGCAGCGCCUCAGAUCCGGACUCCCACUUUGAGCAGCUGAUGGUCAACAUGCUGGAUGAGAGGGAUCGACUCCUGGACACGCUUAGGGAAACCCAGGAGAGCCUCGGCCUGGCCCAGCAGCACCUACAGGACGUCAUAUACGACCGUGAUUCUCUGCAGCGCCAGCUCAGCUCUGCCCUGCCACAGGAGUUCGCUGCGCUGACCAAAGAGCUGAACGCCUGCCGAGAGCAGCUGUUAGAGAAGGAGGAGGAGAUCUCUGAGCUCAAAGCUGAGAGGAACAACACCAGGCUACUCUUGGAGCAUCUGGAGUGUUUGGUGUCCCGACAUGAGCGUUCUCUUCGUAUGACCGUGGUUAAACGGCAGGCUCAGUCUCCCUCUGGAGUCUCCAGUGAAGUCGAGGUCCUAAAAGCACUCAAGUCCUUGUUUGAACACCAUAAAGCCCUCGAUGAGAAGGUAAGAGAGAGACUACGGGUGUCACUAGAGAGGGUUUCCGCCUUGGAGGAGGAGCUUACAGCAGCCAAUCAGGAGAUUGUGGCCUUACGGGAACAAAAUGCUCACAUUCAAAGAAAAGUGGCAUCUGGAGAGGGAGGAGAGGACUUACUGGAGGGAACAGAGGCUCAACAGAAGGUCCACGGCAAGCGCCUCUCCAACGGCUCUCUGGAGUCGGCCCACGAGGCGAGCCAGGUUGUGGAGCUUCAGGACCUGCUGGAGAAGCAGAACUACGAGCUAGCCCAGAUGAAGGAGCGCAUGUCCUCACUUUCCUCCCGCGUCUCCGAGGUGGAGCAGGAGCUGGAGACUGCCCGCAAGGACCUCAUCAAGUCCGAGGAGAUGAACAACAAGUACCAGAGGGACAUCAAAGAGGCCAUGUGUCAGAAGGAGGACAUGGAGGAGCGGAUCGUAACGUUGGAAAAACGCUACCUGAGUGCUCAGCGAGAGUCCACAUCAGUGCACGACAUCAACGACAAACUGGAGAAUGAGCUGGCCAAUAAGGAGGCGUUCCUCAGACAGAUGGAGGAGAAGAACAGACAGCUACAGGAGAGGCUGGAGCUAGCGGAGCAGAAGCUGCAGCAGACCAUGAGGAAGGCUGAGACGCUGCCUGAAGUGGAGGCUGAACUCGCUCAGAGGAUAGCAGCUCUAACAAAGUCUGACUCCAGCUCCUCUUCCUCCCCCGAUGAUUAUCACUUUGUUAUGGAAGCUAAACUCCAAGACAUGAACUCCAUUCUUAGGAAGGCGGAGGAGCGUCACGGGAGCAUUGAGGAGCGAAUGAGGCACUUGGAGUGCCAGCUGGAGGAGAAGAACCAGGAGCUGCUGCGGGCUCGACAGAGAGAAAAGAUGAAUGAAGAGCACAACAAGCGACUCUCAGACACAGUGGACAGACUCCUCACCGAGUCCAACGAGAGGCUUCAGCUCCAUCUGAAGGAGAGGAUGGCAGCUCUGGAAGAGAAGAAUUUAUUAAUCCAAGAUUCUGAAAGCUACAGAAAACAGUAUGAGGAGUCCAUUCAUGAAAAAUCACAACUUGCAGAAGAGAUUGACAAACUGAGAUCAGAGCUCGACCAGUUCAGACUGAGGGCAGGCUCCCUCACAGAACCCACCCUGUCAAGGUCUCAUCUGGACACGUCAGCCGAGCUCAGAUUCUCGUUGGGAUCUCUGGCUGAAACCCAGUCGGAUCACUACCGCUCAGCCAAGGUCAUCCGCCGGCCGAGGAGAGGUCGGAUGGGUCUGCGAGAACCCAAGGCUAAAUCUUUAGGGGAGCAUGAAUGGCGUUCACAGCAGCUUGGGGUGCUUGGAGGUCACCACUUCGAGAGCGACACGGAGAUGUCAGACAUCGACGAUGACGACAGGGAAACUUUGUUCAGCUCCAUGGAUCUGCUGUCACCCAGUGGCCACUCCGACGCACAAACUCUGGCCAUGAUGCUGCAGGAGCAACUGGACGCCAUCAACAAGGAGAUUCGGCUCAUCCAGGAGGAGAAGGAGUCAACGGAGCUACGGGCAGAGGAGAUAGAAAACCGUGUAGCCAGCGUCAGCCUAGAGGGACUCAACCUGGCUCGAAUGCACCACCAUGGAGCCUCCAUCACUGCCUCAGCCACCGCCUCCUCCCUUGCCUCCUCCUCCCCACCUAGCGGACACUCCACUCCAAAGCUUGAUCCUCGAAGUCCGGCACGGGACAUGGAGCGCAUGGGUGUUAUGACACUGCCCAGCGACCUGAGGAAACACAGGAGAAAGAUAGCAGCGGUGGAUGAAGACGGCCGUGAAGACAAGGCCACCAUCAAGUGCGAGACUUCCCCUCCUCCCACGCCGCGCACCGUCCGAAUGACACACACACUGCCAGCCUCAUCACACAACGAUGCACGGGGGAUUGUGGCCUCUCUGGAGGCUGAGGCAAGCGCUCUGAGCAGCGUAGCCAGCAGCUCGGAUUCGCUCCACAAACAGCCGAAGAAGAAGGGAAUCAAAUCCUCUAUUGGACGGCUUUUUGGAAAGAAGGAGAAAGGCAGACUGGCGCAUCUAGGACACAGACAGGUCAUGGUGGAUCCACAAGCGACCAUGAUGGACCCAGACAUGGCUGGCCAGGACAUGGGUGUGGGCAAGCUGGGAACUCAGGCUGAGAAGGACCGCAGGUUGAAAAAGAACGGACACGAGCUAUUGGAGGAGGCCCGGAGAAAGGGUUUACCUUUCGCCCAAUGGGAUGGUCCCACUGUGGUAGCCUGGCUAGAGCUGUGGCUGGGAAUGCCGGCCUGGUAUGUGGCGGCGUGUCGUGCCAAUGUGAAGAGUGGAGCCAUCAUGUCGGCCCUCUCUGACACAGAGAUCCAGAGGGAGAUCGGUAUCAGUAACCCUCUGCACCGGCUCAAACUCCGCUUGGCUAUCCAGGAAAUGGUUUCGCUCACCAGCCCCUCGGCCCCGCCGACCUCCAGAACCCCGUCAGGCAAUGUGUGGGUGACCCAUGAGGAGAUGGAGACCCUGGCAGCCCCUUCCAAAACGAAGUCACAGUCUGAAGAGGGCAGCUGGGCACAGACUCUAGCUUAUGGCGACAUGAACCACGAGUGGAUCGGGAACGAGUGGCUGCCCAGUCUAGGACUACCUCAGUACCGCAGCUACUUCAUGGAGUGCCUGGUGGACGCUCGUAUGCUGGACCACCUCACCAAGAAGGACCUGAGGGUGCACCUUAAAAUGGUGGACAGCUUCCACAGAACAAGUUUACAGUAUGGAAUCAUGUGUCUAAAGAAGCUCAACUAUGAUAGGAAAGAACUGGAGAGACGCCGGGAGCAAAGUCAACAUGAAAUGAGAGACGUACUGGUUUGGAGUAAUGAGCGGGUCAUCCGCUGGGUGCAGAGUAUAGGUCUGAGGGACUACGCUAACAUCCUGUUGGAGAGCGGCGUGCACGGAGCUCUGGUCGCCUUAGACGACAACUUUGACUACAGCAGUCUGGCUCUGCUCCUCCAGAUCCCCAACCAAAACACUCAGGCACGUCAGAUUCUGGAGCGAGAGUACAAUAAUCUGCUGGCUCUGGGCACUGACAGGAGACUGGAUGAGUGUGACGAUAAAGACUUCAGAGGUCCAUCAUGGAGGAGGCAGUUCCCUCCCCGGGACGUUCACGGUAUCAGUAUGAUGCCCGGGUCAGCGGAGACGCUCCCCGCUGGAUUCCGUCUCACUGCAACGUCCGGUCACUCCAGAAGACUGCCCCCUGAUGUCGGACCCUCUGCAGUGCAGCGGCUGGACAGCUCCACGGUGAGAACCUAUUCCUGCUGAGAGGAGGAGGACAGGCCCCCUUAAACUGUACGCUGUACAGUUCUGAAUGGAGAUAAACGGGUGAGCUGCUGGAUGGGCCAACCUGCUGAGGAACAAACACGCACUGCCAAGAAGCCCUGCUCCCCUCCCCGUCUCCCCCCUCCGUCUCCUCCUCAUGUGGGCACCAGGUGCCGGUGCUAAACUGUCCUGCAGGCCUCCCUGUUGUCACCAUUUAUACCUUUUACAUGUACAGUAACUUGUCAAAAAAGCAUAACGUACUGUGUAAUUUCUUCUACAGGAGAUGUGUAGGUUAUCUGUACAUAAAUAUGCCAUUUUUUAAUAUAUACACACAUCUAUGUAUAAAAAAAUAUUCAGAGUUUGUGCAAAAAAAUGUCCCUGCCACCUCAUUUAGUGGACCAUAGAUUAAUAUAUGCUGCUCUUAAACUGUCUCCAUAUAACCCGCUCCCCUCUAGAUCAUUUUGUACAUAUGGUUUUAUUUUUUCAUUGUGCUGAAAAUAACGACGAUGAUCCACAGAGAGAGAAAGAGAUGGAUGCUGUGUGAAAUCCUGCCCUCUAGUGGUGCACAAAGAAACCCCUCCAAGCCCUGAGUCUUCAUCCUUUCUCAUGGAGGAUUUAAAGAGGACACACUGGAAACAACAAGACAAGCACUUUGAUACAACCGCAUCAACUCAACGGACUCUUCAGUAGCCAAGGACGAGUAAAGAGACGUCCCAAGUUGCACAAAAAAAGCAGGACGCCUUCGCCCGUAGAACCCGUCCGUCACCCGUCGUACUGUAUGUUUGUGUCAGGCGAAAAACACAAAAAGACAACUUACUCACUCAGCCGAGCUGGCCUUCUCCCCUCCGACGACACCGUUACCAGACCAGGAAAUAACUGAAAGACAGACCGCUUUAGCUCCUAGUGUGUAGAGUGUAUAUGACCAUGUUGAAGUGAGGUGACUUUAAAGACAAACCUGUUGCUUGCUGUGACUUUACACUGGUGUAUCUGUUAACUCUUUACUUUCUGUCAGAGUGUCCGGAGUCUUGGCUCUGUUUUUUUCUGUCUUUGAGUUAUUUCUGAUGGACGACUCAAACAAAGUCUUACGCUGUUUUUUUCUUUAUGUUUGUUUUUACAUCUUCAAU